AUAACCUCCAAACAGCAAGCGUUCACACAUUCAGGCAGCACACCACGCGCGUGCUGGGCAUAAUAUUUUGGUGGAGGAAUUCCGUGAAGAAAAUCGUGGAAUUCUCGCGUGGUGGCGAAUAAUUUGAAUUUGAAAAGUUUAUCUAACGCGGAAAGUGUGAAGUUUGGUGGGUUUUAGUUGCGGGCAGUGAAGUAAACCGAAAAAGCCCCAAAAUGUCGGAUGUUGAAAUGGGUUCCCCACACAUUAAGAAGGAGAAGAAAAAGAAGAAGAUCAAGCAGGAGCCGGGAGUUGAGGUUGAGAAUUUGGGGGAGAUUCAAAAGUCCGGGGACUUCCAGAUUAAGCCUUCGGAGGCGAUUGCCAAGCUGGAAACGUCCAAGUGGCCACUGCUGUUGAAAAACUUUGAUCGGUUAAACGUCCGUACGAACCACUAUACGCCGUUGCCGUUUGGAUCGUCGCCGUUGAACCGGAAGAUUAAGGAUUACGUUACGUCGGGCUUUAUCAACUUGGACAAACCGUCGAAUCCGAGCUCGCACGAGGUCGUCGCAUGGAUCAAGAAGAUCUUGAAGGUGGAGAAGACCGGUCACUCGGGAACGCUGGAUCCCAAGGUGACGGGAUGUUUGAUUGUUUGUAUUGACCGCGCCACCCGGCUGGUCAAGAGUCAGCAAAGUGCUGGCAAGGAGUACGUGGCCGUUUUUAAGCUGCACUCGGCGGUGGAUUCCGUUGCGAAGGUCAACCAAGGGUUGGAGAAGCUGCGGGGAGCUCUGUUCCAGCGACCGCCACUGAUUUCGGCCGUUAAGCGGCAGCUUCGUGUCCGUACCGUGUACGAUUCCAAGUUGUUGGACUACGACGAUCAGCGCAACAUGGGUGUGUUCUGGGUCAGUUGCGAGGCAGGUUCCUACAUUCGUACCAUGUGCGUGCAUCUGGGUCUGGUCACCGGCGUCGGAGGUCAGAUGUUGGAGCUUCGUCGUGUUCGUUCCGGUAUCCAGUCGGAGAAGGACGGAAUGGUCACCAUGCAUGACGUGCUGGACGCUCAAUAUCUGUACGAAAAUCACAAGGACGAGUCCAUGCUGCGGAGGGUGAUCAAACCGCUGGAAGGUCUGCUGAUUGGCCACAAGCGUAUCAUCAUGAAGGACAGCUCGGUCAACGCGGUUUGCUACGGUGCCAAGAUCAUGAUUCCCGGAGUGCUUCGUUACGAGGAUGGAAUUGAGGUUGAUCAGGAAAUCGUCAUCGUGACCACCAAGGGUGAAGCGAUCGCGCUGGGAGUGGCCCUCAUGACGACGGCCACGAUGGCCAGCUGUGACCAUGGAGUUUGCGCCAAGAUCAAGCGCGUCAUCAUGGAGCGUGACUUGUACCCGCGCAAGUGGGGUCUCGGACCGAAGGCCUCCAUGAAGAAGCAGCUGAUUGCCAGCGGAAAGCUGGACAAGUUUGGCAAGCCCAACGACAAGACGCCAAAGGAGUGGCUGACCGGCUACACGGAUUACAACAAGGCCAAGCCGAGCAACGGAAACCAGGUCGCCGCCGAGGAGGACGAUGAAGUCGUCGGUGGAAAGCGCAAGCUGAGCAUCGGAAGUGCCGCCGACAACUCGAUGGACACUUCGGCCAUCGACGCCAGCGAGGGCAAGGAGAAGAAAAAGAAGAAGAAGAAGCAAAAACAGGACGAAGAAGCGCCUGAGGAAGCCGCCGCGGAAGCCACCGAGCCAGCGGAGGCCGAUGCCACUGAAGAGACCUCCGAAUCCAAGAAGGAGAAGAAGAAAAAGAAGAAGGACAAGAAGCAGCAGGAGGAAGCAGAAUAAGUGUUGCUCAAUUUCUCGCGCAGCGUCGUCUUCUCGGUGGACCGGUGGCCCAGUCCACGCCGUAAUACUACUACUUUACACGCGACUAGGGCCAAAGGGCGCUCUAUCGUACCACAACAAUCCUAAUUUUACACACAGUGUGCAUUUCUGCUGAACUGAUUUGCUGUGGACUUUUUUGUUUUAGAAUUCAAACCAUCUUUUUUACACAAUACAAAGUCAAAGUGAAUACACACACAUUUGCCAGUCAAAGUAAUUCAGGUUUAGCUAGUACACGAUGGAAACAUUUGCGUUCAAGAACUUCGAUAGUGUCAGAUUGAAAAUGUUACGAAAGUAUGCUUCGUAAGCGGAAAAUACAAACCAAGCUUCGGAUAGGACUCUUUAUCCAACACGUGAUUGGGCGCUGAACAAAUGGCGGUACCUUUCUGUUGCGGAGGUAUCGUGAAUUUGUUGCAAGACAAAGUUUGUUUAAAUGUACUUUUAAGAUGAUUGAAGAAUUAUAUUUGCUAAUUGUAAAAUUA